AGUCGCCGCGUUGGGAGUGUAUGGUUUUUCGUGCUGCGAAAAUCUGCAUCCGAAUGAAUACGAAUGAAUAGAGAUACAAAGACGAAGAUAAGGGAAUAAAAAAUAAAAAAGAAAAAAAAUAAAUUACCGUUGAAUAGUGCAAAUUCUAUAAAAGUAUCAGGAAUCGAUGCUUCUAUUCGAUUUAAAAAAAUUAAUAGAAGAUAGUGUCGCAUUGAAAAAAAAAAUUUUAAAAGAAAAUCUCAUGUAUUUUUCACUAGCUUCCUAUCUUAUUUUUCUAAUUUCACUUUCUUGUGUAACAUUCGUAUAGAUCGUCGUCCUCGUUCAAAGGGGAUCGUCGAAGGAUUCGUUAGCUCGUCGGGUGGAUCCUUGAGAGGUCGCGAAGUGGUAGCGAUUAGGCGGUGACGUUUUUGGGAACAGUCACGUCUUUCUUAAUCCUCCAGUUGCCUUCCCAUCAGGGAUGACGGUUUUCGGUGAAUAAUGUACUUAACGGUCGAUCAUAACGGUCGAACGAGGGGGUAGCUACGGUGGAAGGAAUAGCUUACAAAGAAAAGCCAAAGAUAAAGAGGAUAGUAGAGCGAAAAAAGGAGAGAAAUAAUAAUUGUUAUGGACACCGACGUGACAUACGAGCGAGUUCGUAUCGUUCGAGGAGGCGGGAAUCCGUCGGUACAAGAAACGAACGACACGCGGCCUGGAGAAAUCGAUCGCCUCGAGUUUUCAACAAGUUGUAAAUCGAGAAACCGCCAUUUGUACGGUUCGCGAAGAGCUAUGCGGUGAAGAAGUGUCGCGAGUGCGUGUCUCGCGGUCGGGACACGAAUCUAACGUGUUUUCUCAGUUUUCAUUUCUUUUUUUGUUUUUUUUUUCUUUUUUUAUUUCCUUCCAGAUAUAUUCUCGUUCUUCGUAUGAUCCACGAAGGAUUCGAUAAACCGUGUAUUCGUGACUCACGUCGUGAAGUAUCGAUCGAAUUGGCGAGUGAUUCGCGAAAAUAUUCUUGGAAGUUCCUUUCUUAAACGAACGGUUUCGCCGAGAGAUUCUCAAGUGAGUGAUUCGUGCCACCGUAGGUCUAUACUGCGACGUUUCGAGAUCGAGGAGUGGAUUCGUUCUUGUGUCGCAACAUUUUAAUCAGUCAAUAUAAUUGGAUAGGAUUUCAUUAUCGAUAUUAGGUUCGCGAAGACGAGGAAAAAAAGGGGAUUGUGAACUAGCAAGGACGACGACAAUGAGGAGUAAGAAGUGAAGGAUCACGAGGGUGAGAAAAGAGGAGAGUGCAAGCCUACUGCAUCGGUGGAGUGUUCGAGUCACAGGAAGUGCUCUGAAGAGAGAAAAAAAGAGGGAGAGAGAGAAAGAAAGAGAGGGGGAGAGACAGAGAGAGAGAGAAAGAGAGACAGUAAGAGAGAGACAAAGAAAGAGAAAGAGACAGAGAGAUAGAGAGAGAGAGAGAAAAAGGAGAUUGUUGAAAGAGUUGACUGACGAAAAGUGGUGGUGGGUGUUAGUGGGGUGAGAAGGGGGAGGGUGGAUUGGGGAGAAACUGGAGGGUAGUCUCGCAAAAGUGAAGGAAAAGUGAGAGGGCGAAGAGGGACGCGAAGAGUUAUUCCAUUUUCUUCUAUUCCUUCGCUCUAGUUGUGCUGGGUGUAAAAAAAAAGAAGAGAGAAAGAAAAAAGAUAGAAAAGAAGAAAGAAAGAAAGAAAGAUAACGAAAGAAAAUUCGAAAAGGCGAAGAAGUCGUGUCGGGGUCACGGACGACGACGCCGACGCGUUGGACCGACUACGUCGAGAUGCCACCAGAUGAGAUGGCCGUCUCCGUCGUUCUCUCGUUUCUUCUCACCCUUUUCCUCGUCCCUUGUCGUGCGAGGAUAACCAAUCAGGAGAUUGUGACAAUGACGGAUGUAGAAGCAGUGGCAGGUGGAAAUGCUAAGUUGCCAUGCGACGUGGAACCACCGGUCUCUGGGGACAAGCUACAUCUAGUUAUUUGGUACAAGGAGGAGUCAGACACACCUAUAUACAGUUUCGAUACGAGAGGACGAAGUACAUUGGAACAAGGAAAACAUUGGCAGGAUGUGAGUCUCGAAGGACGUGCCUCCUUCCGUCAUUCUGAGGAACCGGCUAAACUCACGCUGGAGAACGUUCGCGAGAGCGACGCGGCCGUUUACAGAUGCCGGGUUGAUUUUAAACAGUCACCUACAAGGAACAGCAAAGUCAAUUUUACGGUCAUCAUACCACCGGAACAACUUAGCAUAUUGGAUGAAGACGGAGGAUCUCAUAUUCCCCAUUACAUUCUUGGCCCGUACAGUGAAGGAGCAUCUCUCAAUAUUACCUGCGUCGCCGCCGGUGGUCGACCACCGCCACGAGUGACGUGGUGGCAGGAGAAUGCCCUCUUGGACGACACUUACGAAAGUGUAGGUACUAAGAGAGUACGAAAUGUUCUACGACUGGAAAAACUCAGUCGUAAACAUUUGCAUACGAUUUUGACCUGUCAAGCAUCGAACAACAACAUGGUCGCACCGAUAUCCAGCUCGGUUACUCUCAACAUGAAUCUGAAGCCACUGUUGGUUCGUAUGCAAGGAGAAAACCGUCCAUUUAGUGCCGGUACCACGUACGAGAUAGGAUGCGAGGUUGUCGGGGCCAGGCCAACGCCGAAAAUCACCUGGUCCAAGGGGAGCAUAGCGCUUAGGACUACAAGACAAACGGUGAGUCCCGACGGCAAUACGACGACGAGCAUGCUAACGUUCGUGCCGAGCAUCGAAGACGCCGGAAAAUUUCUCUCCUGCAAGGCCAGCGUACCGGAUAUCACGGAUCCAGAAAUGGAAGACGGAUGGAAGCUCGACAUAUAUCACGAACCCGUGGUUACCCUAGAAUUGGGGAGCAAUCUGAACUCAAGCGCAAUCCGAGAAGGAAUCGACGUUUACUUCGAAUGCAACAUCAAGUCGAAUCCUUGGGUUUACAAGGUUUCCUGGCGGCAUAACGGCAAUCCACUGUACCACAACACGGCAACUGGCACGAUAAUAAGUAAUCAGAGCCUGGUGCUUCAGAGCGUGACACGUAGCAGAGCCGGCAUCUAUACCUGCAUCGGUAGUAAUCAAGAAGGCGAUGGUGAGAGCAAUCCUCUCAAUUUAGACAUCAAAUUUGCUCCGGUUUGCCACAUUGGACAGACGAAGGUAUUCGGUGUAGCUCGACAAGAGACCACGAAGAUCCCCUGCGAGCUUGAGGCUAACCCACCGGAAGUCUCGUUCACCUGGAAAUUCAAUAAUACGAUGGAAGCUGUCGACAUAGCCCAGGCACACGUCACAAGCGUUGGUACUCACUCGACAGCUUCCUAUACUCCCAUGACCGAACUGGACUAUGGUACUUUACUUUGCUGGGGUAACAACGAUCAGGGCACUCAACUCGAGCCUUGCGUCUAUCAUAUCGUUCCAGCUGGUCGUCCCGACAUGCCACACAAUUGUUCGAUUCUAAAUCAAACUACAGAUUCAUUUUACAUCGAAUGCAUCGACGGUUUCGACGGCGGACUUCCUCAAAAAUUUACGAUUCGAAUAGAUCGAGAGAUAUCUUCAAGCGGUACUAAAUCGACAACUACAAUCUACAAUCAAACUAGCAAAGCUGCUUCCUUCGCUGUGACCAAUCUAGAGCCUGGCACCACUUAUGAAAUACAAAUUUAUGCGAGCAACACAAAGGGUAACAGCGAGAUCGUUCACUUUUCGGCCACAACCUUGAACCUGCCGGAGAGAAGAACAGCAGGUGAGAGGCUGGCUCGACCACCGUCCCCGGAGAAUUGCACGAUCAGAGAAGAGAGCAGAACAACGGUGAGGGUGAGCUGUGCGGAGAGCGAGUACUUCGAUGCGAACACGGCGACCUAUGUUCUUCAAGUCUACGACGCUGACACGAGACAUCUCUUGGGUUCAGCGACUAGUUUGACGCCUAGCAUGCUCGAGGUGACAAAUCUACCAAUGGAAAGGAGCCAUGCAGGACUCGUUCUCUCUUUGAGGGUUAUGACGGCACAUGCUACCAGUGACGCUACCGUUCUACACAGCCCAAACUUUGUUCAGGAGGGUAAAACGCAGGAGCAUCAACGUUACCCAGCUUUGACUCCAGUGAUGCUGUCGUUGUCGGGUCCAUUGUUAGGUGCAGUAGUAGGUGCUACAGCUGGUCUUCUAUUAGUGAUAUUCGUGAUCGUUCUCGCUGUGAGAUUGCGUUAUCGACCUCGCCCACAGGAGGACAAGGAUUCCCAUGACGAUGGCGGUAUGGCGAAUCUCGCUGCUUCCGGUGGUACAACGGCUUCGUCGCCACGAGACAAAUCAUCCGUCUUACCUCUAAGUGCUGACAGCAUUGAAAGUUUUGAAAAGGAUCCCGACAUAAUAUCUCAUACGAAUGAAAGUUCUUAUGCGGAAAUGUGCAAAGGUACGUCACCGCGUUACGUGAUACAACCAAAACGAGCUGACGCUUCUACAUUCACGAACAAUGGCUCGGAAUUGACGUAUGCCGAGUUAUCACUACGGAACAAUAGGCGAAUACCUCCAAAUUGCUAUCAGUCGGUACAGAUGUCGACCCUUCAGAGACCUCAAAUAUUACCAAUGUCAACUGUGAUACGAAGACAAGCGAUGCAACAAGAACCAACUAUCUACACCCAAAUAGCAGGACAUUCGAAAUCCAUUUACGUCCCACCACCACAUGCCUACAUGAAUCGAGGUAGCGACGAAUCAACGGUGGAAACUCCAUUAAUCGGACACGACAAUAAGAUCACAACGAUCAGCCAAUCAGGAAGCUCAAUAUGGCGAACCGAUACACCUCCUCCCAUUAACGCACCAACAACAUGAUUUCGUGCAAGCAUGCUUAUAACCUGGUAUCGAGCCCAAAAGUUUCUCAAUGUACCCGAAAAAAGGACACACAUCGAAUUACGUACGCGUUGAACGUUCGGCCGCGUUCUAAAAAUGAUUUCAGAAAAGUUUUAGACGCGCCUUAUAGAGACAAAAAGACUAUAUCGACGACGACGACGAACGAUGAAAGUAAUGGAAAAAGUUAGCACUAGAAAAUUUCUAUACUUAAUCACAGGAAUGAUUUCUCUUUUGUUUUCUUUUUUUCUUCUUUAUAGUUUUAUAAUUAUCGAAAUUAAGAAAAAAAAAAGAGAAAUAGACGAAAAAAAAUAUGCGUCUGUUCAAUAAAAAAUAGACGAUAGUAUCUUCAAUAUGGAAGCCGGACGCCAUUUUUACUAUUAAAAUUAUCGAAUCACAAAUACAAUUUAAUUGCUUUUAAUACUAUCCUGAAACGAAAAAUUUAAUUCGAUAAGAAUUUAAAUACCACAAAAACAAUUAGGAAAUUAAAUAUUAUUAUAAUAUUUAAUGUUAUUAUUUGUCCAAAUAUAUAUCGAAUUGAUUUUUUAGAAAAGAUUGAUUUAUUCAAAAAAGUAAAUCAUAGAUGCGAAGUAUAGAAAUGAAUAUAACGAAAAAAUAUGCAUAUAUACAUAUACAUAUAUAUGUCUGUAUGUGUGUGUAUGUGUAUACAGUCAAUCAUUUUGAAACGAGCUUCUUUUUCCAGCCGUCCGUAUGUCGACAUGUCGUACGAAACGUCGAGAAUCUAAAGAAAAGAAACACGAGACGAUCGGUUUGAUUAAAAAGUAUGACUGAUUUCCUAUGUUGUUUCUUUCUCGUAUCGAUACAUACUAAAGAAAAAAAAAAAAAGAAAAAAUGAAAGAAAGAAAGAAAAAGACAAAAAAUAUAAAUAUAUAAAUCUAUUGAUGUUCAGAAAACAUAGAUUACAAGCGAAUAAUUAAAAAUAAAGAUAAGAGGAAAAAGAAAAAAGAGAAAAAAAGAAGAAAGGAAAAAAAGAAAAGCGAAUUUAAUUCAAAAUAAUCUAAUCGUAAACCA